GAGGAUAGUUCAGGUUUCAUAGCAUGUGUGACAGAGGAUGUCAGGGAGCUUUUAGGGUUGCUGUUCCCAUUGAACUGCCACCGUGUGUAUAUACGAUUCAGUCAAUGCAGUGAAUGGGUAACUGGGGAAUGAAUGAGCCAAUGGAGGGAUAAAUAUGUGAGGGCAUUUAUUAAUACAUGGCUAAAGCAGAAGCUAGCAAGGCUAGCGUGAUGCCUGGCUGUAUGUGUGUGCUGAACUUCUCCUCAUUGAGGGGUUAAACUAACAAAGAAGGGAGGGAAAGAAAGAAAGAUACUAAACACAUCAAUGGGGAAGGUAUAAAUUAAAGGGAAGGAAGGUUUUAAUUAAGAAAUGAAACAAUGAAUCUGUGAUUAAAAGAAUGAAUGCAUGGCGGGAUCCAUGAACGAAUGGAAGAAGAAAUGAAUGAAUGUCUGGCUGUCAAUGCUGUUGUCAGAUGCUGGCUGCGUGUAUCAGUUCUCUCUGUGUGCUGCACUGGCUCUGGCCAGAUCGCCCUUACAGCAGGCUCCAGUCGAAGUGCCUGAUAACCACAGACCCAUUUAGUAGCAAAGGCACCUGGGCAUGUUUAUUGUCAAUGAAGCAGGUCCUAGUAUCCCAUAGACUCUACAGGACCACUAACACAUGUAUGCCCAUCACGAUGGACCAGCUCACUCACUGGCGGGACUUUCCACUGCCCCCUAGGCCAGCCACAGACACUCCCUCUGAGACUCCAUUUUAUACAUUAAUACAAACAAGUAACAUAUUGCCCCUCUGAUGUCAUCAAUUACAACCCUCUGACGUCAUUAGUUACUACCUCUACCUUGUAUAUUUUGGUUCAAUCAAAACAUCUCUAUCCAUCACCCUGUCAUCCUGACCUUACCUUUAGCAGGGGUCAAUGUGUUCUUGUUAUCUUUGGGAGGGUGUGUUUGUACCAUAGUUGGUAUCGUGAUGUUCUGGUACCACACUUCUGGAGUGUGUUUGCAUGAGUGUCCUGUGCCUAGUACUUCUUUGGAAUGUGUUUUUCAGCAAUAUCAGCCCUGUUCUUGCCAAGUUCUGAGAGUGUGCACACAGGCAUAGCCUGAUGUCUUCUCACAGCCUGACUUUUGCUAACUUUGCUUUAUGUCAGCAAGGCUGGACAACUACUUUAAUUCAGGCCUCGGGCCUCAGACUGGCCCUUUGAUAAAAGGGCUUAUGUCUCAGGCUCCAUUUCUACUACAGAGGUGAUGGAAGCCAGACAUGAUGGCCAUCAGGAAUAAAUCAGAAAAUAAGAGAAAUAAAUGGACAGGUAAAUAAAUGAACGAAUGUAGAGAGAAAUGGAGAAGGAACAAAUAAAUGAACAGAUACAUAAAGGAAUUUAUAAAUACAUAAAUAAUAGAAUGCAUAAAUAAUGGGGAAGGCCAUGACCUUGGUCAGGUCUAUGCAGCGCCCGACAUAUUUGGAGGUCUGACCUCAGUAACCCCUAAACAUUACCAUAAUUCAUACAUUCAUUGAGUCUUAGAUUCAUAAAUUUAAAGGCCAGAAGCAACCGCUAGACCAUCCAGUCUGAACUCCUGUAUAAUCCAGGCCAGUGGAUUUCACCCAACUGCCCCCGUAUUGAACCCCAUCACUUGUGUUUGACUAAAGCAUCUUCCAGAAAGGUCUGGAUCUGAAGAAACCAAAAAAUGGACAAUCCACCACUAACCUCCAGCCAUUAGUUCUUCUUCUGCCUUUCUCUCCUAGAUUAAAGAACCCUUUAGUGGCUGGUCUUUUCUCCCUGGAAAGGUCCUUAUACAGCGUGAGCAAAUCACCUCUUAAUCUUCUUUUUCAGUCACUAAUAGAAUUGAGCCUUUUACAUCUCUCGCUGCCAGACAUUUUCUCCAGCCCUCAGAUCAUUUUUGUGGCCCUCUAUGCUCCCACCCCUCCAAUUUGCCAGCAUCCUUUUAAAAACGUGCACCCCAGAGCUGGGUGUAGGAUUCCAGUAUCGCUCUCACCAAUGCCCAGUACAGUGCUGGGUUCCUGCUCACCACAGCCCUCUUAAUACAUCAAGGUGAAUUGCUCGUCCAUGCUGAGCUGUCAGUCCUUCUCUGUCCCUAAUUGCCAGGACACAGUCCCCCGUUCUGUAGGCAUGAUGUAUAACUUUCAAUUUGGCUGUACUCCAACACAGUUUUUUGAAUGGGGCCAGAUCAGCAAGCGAUCCGGCUCAGUCCGUGUGACUGCCCCAGCCUCAGCAUUAUUUACAACUCUCCCAAUAGUGGUGCCAUCUGUCUUUGAUCACCAGUGAUUUUAUAUUCACUUCCCUAUCGCUGUUAAAGAGGUUGAAUAGCCGCAGACCAAGAUCCGAUCCCUGCAGAACUCCACUAGAAACAACCCACCAGAUGAGGAAUUGCCAUUGAUGACUACUUGUUAAGAUCUGUCCGCUAGCCAUCAAUCCAUAUAACGUGGGCUCCAUUGAUUCCGCUAGUGCUAGUUUUUUGCCAGAAUGUUUUGCGGUACUCAUGGAAAUGCCUGCCCCCAAUACAAUUAAUAAAUUAUAAUCAUGUGUUGGAUGGGUUAAAUCUUGUUGGGGGAUGUGGGGGAUUCUCCAUCAGGGACAAUUUUUAAAUCAAGAGGGGCUGUUUUUCUCAAAGAUCUGCUCUAAUUCAAACCAGAACAUAUCCAGGGAACUCCUAUGGCCUGUGUUAUACAUACUCAGCAGAAUUCCAUUUUUAUUUUGUUAUAAUCUACACAGAUAAUAGUGAUGUUUAUUUUGAAGUCAUUUUUGGAUGUUUAGCAAUAUACAUUUUCACACAGGAAAUUAGGGGGGAAUCAAACAGUGGUGAUAAUAAUUAUUUCAUGACAGCAGAUGUUGAGAUUCAAAAUGUUAAAUCUUUAUAACUAUUAAAAUACAAAUGGUCAACAUCACAUGUCAAAAUAUACAAAGUAAAUGUCCUUAAGUCAAAUUCAAAUACGUUCUUUCACAGCAUUUUUCUUCCUUUGCCUUUGUAAAUUUUCAUUAUUAUUGAUGGAAAAUCUUUUUUCAUUGGCUUGUGUGUGUGCUUGAUGAAAUCGACAUCAACAGACAUUGGCCAAUAAAAAUCUCAAACUUCCAAGCCUAGUACAGGAUGUCCGUGUAUCGCAAGGCCACGUCUGGUGUUGGAUUGUAGGUAUCGAUGGGUGGGAAAUAAGUGCUGCCCCUCAUUUAGGAUAGGUGUGAGAGAGAAAACAAAGGCAAAUGUUAGUCCAUCCAGGAAUGGGAAUUAUGUGGGUGGAUGGCUUUGCUGGGUAUUGUUUGGAUAAGGGGGUGUGUUUGAGUGAGGAGCUGGACAGAGAGAUUGAAGGUGAAAGAAGCCGAGAGACUGAGCAAAAUUUCAGGCUAGGAUGCCGGCUGAAAGAGGAUUUGAGUGGUGAUCAAAGACACUUUCUCCUGUUGUUUGGUUCCUCCUGUGCUCAGGGAAACAGUACUUGUAUGUUUUCUGUAAAUAUGCAGGAUUGCAUCAAAGAAAUUCCUGACUCCGUCAACAAAUUCCCCUCCCAACCAGAAAUUCCCACUAAACACUGAAUGUUUGGCUAACUGCUCAAGUCAACAAUUGUAGCAAUGAUAAUGUACCAUGUGGGUGUGUUACAGGGAUGGAGCGUGGAAACAGCACAGGGGUGACGGAGUUUGUGCUGCUGGGGCUAUCCCAGACCCGGGAGAUCCAGCUCUUCCUCUUUGUCUUGUUCCUCGUCUUCUACUCCAUGAUCCUCCCAGCCAACAUCCUCAUCAUCCUCACCAUCCAGGGUGACCCUCACCUGGGUUCCCCCAUGUAUUUCUUCCUGGCCAACCUGGCCUUUCUGGACAUCUGCUACUGCUCUGUCACCCCCCCAAAGAUGCUGGCUGACUUCUUCUCCCAUCACAAGAACAUCUCCUAUGGGGGCUGCAUGGCCCAGAUCUUCUUCAUCCACUUCCUAGGAGGGGCGGAAGUUUUCCUGCUCAUGGGCAUGGCCUUUGAUAGGUACGUGGCCAUCUGCCAUCCCCUGCGCUAUGCCAGCAUGAUGAGCAGGGAGGUCUGCUGUGCCCUGGUUGGGGCUGCUUGGGCCGGAGGCUUCACGCACUCUAUCCUGCAGGUGGCGCUGAUUAUCUGGCUGCCGUUCUGUGGCCCCAACGAGCUGGACAAUUUCUUCUGUGACAUCACCCAGGUGAUCAAGCUGGCCUGCACUGACGUCUACAUGCUGGAGUUCUUCAUGUUCUUCAACAGUGGCCUGGCCACUUUGAUGUGCUUCCUCCUCUUGCUCAUCUCCUAUGGGGCCCUGCUGGUCCGGCUGCGUGCGGGUGACCCCUCAAAGGAGAUGAGCAAAGCGGCCUCUACCUGCAUCACCCACAUCAUCAUCGUCUUCAUCAUGUUUGGCCCAGCCAUCUACAUCUACUGCCGGCCCUUCCGAAGCUUCCCCCUGGACAAAGUGGUGGCCGUGUUCCACACUGUUGUCUUCCCGCUCAUGAACCCCAUGAUCUAUACACUCAGGAACAAGGAGAUCAUCAGUGCAAUGAAGAGGUUGCUGAGUAGACAUGGGCUCUGGAGCGGGAAAUAGAAGGAAGUCAAAAUACAGAAGUGCAGGGUUUGGAAUUAUUUCAGGGAAUUUCUCUGGCAUGUGUCAGAUUAGAUUAUCCCAACAGUCUCCUCUGGGCUCUUAACUGAUGAAUCUAUACAUUUUUAUCAAUGUGAUGAGCCAGAAUCUGCAUUGAAUUACACUAGAGUAACACUGGAGUAAUGUGGUUCGAUCUAUGGACUAAUGAUGGAGCAAGUCUCAUGUAUCUAUGGAGUAAUUGUGAAGUAAUUCUGUAGUGUCUGCAGAGUAACUCUAUGAUAUCUAUGGAGCAAUUUUGUAGUAACUCUUUAAUAUCUAUGUACUUACGAUGUAAUACCUAUAAACUAAAUUUCCAUGUCAAAGGAGUAACUUUUUAGUAACUGUGUAGUAUAUGUGAACUAACAUUGUAGUAAUUCUAUUUUACAUAUGGAGUAACUCUACUGUAUCUGUGGAGAAACUCAGCAGUAAGUCUAUAGUAUCUAUCGAGUAACUUUUUAGUAACUCUGUAUAAGCUAUGGAGUAAUUCUGUAGUAAAUGUGAGGUAAGCAUACACUAUUGGCUGGGUAACUGUAAUUCAGUAGUAUCUAUAUAGAAAUACAGUAGU